ACCCCCGCUGCCAACAGCCCGACGCCCCCGCGCCCUCCCGCCGCCCCAGAAGGCCAACUCCGCCCGCCUGAGUCACAGCUGGAGUUGGGGAGGAGUCAGGGGAAGGCGGCUCCAGCCCUUAGUGCAGCCUUUGGUUGCAGGCAGAGCAGAGCGGUCAGGGAUCAUGGGGGAGAGUGCGUUGGAGCCGGGGCCUGUGCCCGAGGCGCCGGCUGGGGGUCCCGUGCACGCCGUGACGGUGGUGACCCUGCUGGAGAAGCUGGCCUCCAUGCUGGAGACACUGCGGGAGCGGCAGGGAGGCCUGGCUCGAAGGCAGGGAGGCCUGGCGGGGUCCGUGCGCCGCAUCCAGAGCGGCCUGGGCGCUCUCAGUCGCAGCCACGACACCACCAGCAACACCUUGGCGCAGCUGCUGGCCAAGGCGGAGCGCGUGAGCUCGCAUGCCAACGCAGCCCAAGAGCGCGCUGUGCGCCGCGCAGCCCAGGUGCAGCGGCUGGAGGCCAACCACGGGCUGCUGGUGGCGCGAGGGAAGCUCCACGUUCUGCUCUUCAAGGAGGAGGGUGAAAUCCCAGCUACCGCUUUCCAGAAGGCACCAGAGCCCUUGGGCCCGGCGGACCAGUCCGAGCUGGGCCCGGAGCAGCCCGAGGCCGAAGCUGGAGAGAGCUCGGACGAGGAGCCGGUGGAGUCCAGGGCCCAGCGGCUGCGGCGCACUGGAUUGCAGAAGGUACAGAGCCUCCGAAGGGCCCUUUCGGGCCGAAAAGGCCCUGCGGCGCCACGGUCCACGCCGGUCAAGCCGCCUCGCCUUGGGCCUGGCCGGAGCGCUGAAGCCCAGCCGGAAGCCCAGCCUGCACUGGAGCCCACGCUGGAGCCAGAACCUCCGCAGGACACUGAGGAAGAUCCCGGGAGACCUGGGGCUGCCAGAGAAGCUCUGCUCCAAAUAGAGAGUGCAGCCUAAGGGCUGGUGUUGCCUGCCUCGCUUGUGGCUUGUGCCUUGUCCCAAAAUAAAUCCUUUCAGAAUGUAGCACUCGCGCCCUAAUAAGGAGAGAAUCCUGCAUCCGCGGAGGCGGGCGCUCUGGACCUCCCUUCCUUAAGUCCAGUCCUGCGUCCUCUGAAAGAGGUGCAGCCCCUCACACCUGCUUACGCUCACCAUCAAUAAAAGUAAUUUCACCCGA